AAGAGAAAGGGGAAGGGGUUGUGGGGGAGGCCCUGCAACCUUGAUGUCCAGAGCUUGGAACAGCCACAUGCCAGUCAGCCAGAGGCUCUGCACAACUCUCCAAGAUGACGGAGGGGCCGAAGAAGACCAGCAAAAAGUUCAAGUUCUUCAAGUUCAAGGGCUUUGGGAGCCUUUCCAACCUCCCUCGGUCUUUCACUCUGAGACGGUCUUCCACCCCUAUCAGUAUCCGGUCUCAACUGGAGCCUGACACCUUCGAAGCCACACAGGAUGACAUGAUGACAGUUCCCAAGAGCCCUCCCGCCUAUGCUCGUUCCAGUGACAUGUACAGUCAUAUGGGCACCAUGCCUCGCCCUAACAUCAAGAAGGCUCGGAACAAACAGGCUGCCCAGAAAGCCCAGGAGGUGAGCCUCGAGUCCCACUCGGUAUCUCGAGGUCUGCCUGACCCACCAGGCUUGGAAGAAGUCGUGGGGACUGAUGCCCCACUGGAGGACACUCCACCAGUGGAAUCCACACCUUCAGCAGUGGAAGGAGAACCCACGAGGAAGCCUGAAAACUUCACAGCUGACAUAAAGGAGAAGCAAAUCCCCAGGGACGUGCACCCAGAGAGGGCUACUGGAGAGCUGGAGGCUGCUGGGGACUAUGUCAAGUUCUCCAAGGAGAAGUACAUUCUGGACUCUUCACCAGAAAAACUACACAAGGAGCUGGAAGCAGAGCUCAAACUCAGCAGCACAGACCUCCGCAGUCAUGCCUGGUACCACGGACGCAUCCCCCGAGAGGUGUCUGAGACCCUGGUACAGCGUAAUGGCGACUUCCUCAUCCGAGACUCACUCACCAGCCUGGGGGACUAUGUGCUCACCUGCCGCUGGCGCAACCAGGCCUUGCACUUCAAGAUCAACAAGGUGGUGGUGAAGGCGGGUGAGAGCUACACCCACAUCCAGUAUCUGUUCGAGCAGGAGAGCUUUGACCACGUGCCUGCUCUUGUGCGUUACCAUGUGGGCAGCCGCAAGGCAGUGUCGGAACAGAGUGGGGCCAUCAUCUACUGUCCUGUCAACCGUACCUUCCCCCUGCGCUACCUCGAGGCCAGCUAUGGCCUGAGCCAGGCCAGCAGCAAAGCUUCCAGCCCUGCCAGUCCCUCAGGUCCCAAGGGCAGCCACAUGAAGAGGCGCAGCAUUACCAUGACUGAUGGGCUCACCACGGACAAGGUCACCCGCAGCAACGGCUGCCCCAACAGCACCUCACUACCCCACCCCCGGGACUCCAUCCGAAACUGUGCCCUCAGCAUGGACCAGAUUCCAGACCUACACUCGCCCCUGUCUCCCAUCUCUGAGAGCCCCAGCUCCCCUGCAUACAGUACCGUAACUCAUGUCCAUGCUGCCCCUGCAGCCCCCUCUGCCACAGUGCUGCCUGCCUCCCCAGUUGCCCGCCGCUCUAGUGAACCUCAGCUGUGUCCUGGAAGUGCCCCAAAGCCCCCUGGGGAGUCGGACAAGGCCCCUCAUGCCAGCCCCUCCCACACCCUCUGCAAGGCCUCUCCAUCACCAUCACUCAGUAGCUACAGCGACCCGGACUCUGGCCACUACUGCCAGCUCCAGCCUCCCAUCCGUGGCAGCCGAGAGUGGGCAGCAGGAGAGGCCUCUCAGAAGGCCAGAAGCUCUGGGGAGAAGCAAAAGGAACUGUCAGAAAAUGGGGCACCUGAGGGGGAGUGGGGCAAGGCCUUCACAGUCCCUGUGGUGGAAGCCACGUCUUCUUUCAACCCGGCCACCUUCCAGUCACUGUUGAUCCCCAAGGAGAACCGGCCCCUGGAAGUGGGCCUUCUGCGCAAAGUCAAGGAGCUGCUGUCAGAGGUGGAUGCCCGGACAUUGGCUCGCCAUGUCACCAAGGUUGACUGCCUGGUUGCUAGGAUACUGGGCGUUACCAAGGAGAUGCAGACCCUAAUGGGAGUCCGCUGGGGCAUAGAGCUGCUCACCCUCCCCCACGGCCGGCAGCUAAGACUAGACCUGCUAGAAAGGUUCCACACCAUGUCCAUCAUGCUGGCAGUGGACAUUCUGGGCUGCACCGGCUCUGCGGAGGAGCGGGCAGCGCUGCUGCAUAAGACCAUCCAGCUGGCCGCCGAGCUGCGGGGCACGAUGGGCAACAUGUUCAGCUUUGCCGCGGUCAUGGGCGCCCUGGACAUGGCCCAGAUUGCCAGGCUGGAACAGACAUGGGUGACCCUGCGGCAGCGACACACAGAGGGUGCCAUCCUCUAUGAAAAGAAGCUCAAGCCUUUCCUCAAGAGCCUCAACGAGGGCAAAGAAGGCCCUCCGCUGAGCAACACCACAUUUCCACACGUGUUGCCCCUCAUCACUCUGUUGGAGUGCGACUCAGCUCCGGCUGAAGGCCCAGAGCCCUGGGGCAGCACAGAACAUGGUGUGGAAGUUGUGCUGGCCCACCUGGAGGCUGCCCGAACUGUGGCGCACCACGGGGGUCUCUACCACACCAAUGCUGAGGUCAAGCUGCAGGGCUUCCAGGCCCGGCCAGAGCUCCUGGAGGUGUUUAGCACUGAGUUCCAGAUGCGCCUCCUCUGGGGCAGCCAGGGUGCCGGCAGCAGCCAGGCACGGCGCUACGAGAAAUUUGACAAGGUCCUCACUGCCCUGUCCCACAAGCUGGAGCCUGCCGUCCGUUCCAGUGAGCUGUGACCCCGGGGACCUUGCCCCUCUGCAGCUGCGGGCAGCUUCGGGGGCAGAGGGGCUCAGAACUUUCCCCCUCAGAGCACCUCAAGGACACUGUGAUCAGCCCAUGAAUGUUCUGGGUUCAACUCCAGGAUCUCCCUUGCACUUCCAGGGUCCUGUGUGGACUCUGUGCUCCGUCCCUCCACUAUACACUCAUCAAGCCUCUUGUCCUUCCGGAAGAACAAGAACCCCGUUCCUUCCACCAGCUUCUGCUGAGGUCCCCUGUUUUCGAGCCAUGGGAGGCUCCUUGCACCUCCUCUCUCCUCUGGGCAUCUAUGACCAGAGAUACCACAGCCUCCAUUUUGCUGUAAAUAAGUCUGUUCUGUAAAUAUGUACAGAAGCCAUGUUCUUUAAUAUAAUAAACUUUUAUGACUCUUU